UAUUAUUCUUAUCAGGUGAAUGAAAAAGUUUGUAUCGAGGCACUUGAUUAACUUGGGGUGUCAUUGAGAAUGCCGUAGAUUUGGCCACAAUCCGUUCUGGAUUUCAGUACCUCAGCGGUCACCCCGCUGUUACUAUAGUAGCUUCUCGAGUUUGCACACGUACCGCAGAUUCUCCGUCCGCGUUGAGCUGGCGAAAACUCCCCAUGAACUCGAGACCUCGACCACCUCAUAAAGGGAAGGCACGGGUUGGUUGACGCAGAGGGGGUGCAACAGAUUUCAUGGACUGCCUACUUCCCUGAUAAUUAUGAACCCUAUUGAACAUUGGACUCUGGCUAUACUAUAUUCAUUGUCGCCUACCUGGUGCAUUACAUGCCUUCGAUUUCUUGGAUCAUUCGUCUCUCGUCAACAUGGCGUCCAUAAAGAAGAUACUGAAGCUGAAGAUAUUCCUGUGCUUGCUUUUAGUAUAUUCUGCAUCUAGCUUUCUCAUUUACUUAAGGAAAUCAGUGUUUCAAAAGAUUACUUUGACCGAAACGCAUUCUGAAGUGCGAAAAGCGCUACAUGAAGUUGAAAACGAAACUCGCUUAUCAAACUGUUUUAGUGAUGAAGAGAAACUGCUUGGUUGGAGACAGACUGUUCACUGGGAGUCCAAAUUAGACCAGCAUGAGUAUCGCUAUCUCAUCAACCCGGAGAAUGGAUGCAAGAAAUCAGAAAACUUGACAUUGGUUAUCCUCGUAAAGACAACAGUGGGUAGUGUAAAACGGAGGACUAUCAUCAGAGAAACGUAUGGCAAGGGAGUGGUUAAAUACAAUGUUUCUGCGAAGAUUGUAUUUCUUACUGGAUUCUCCGGGGAAUAUAAUUCCACUCUGCAAGCCCAGCUCCAAAGUGAGGCUGAUAUUCACGGAGAUAUUCUACAAGAGGACUUUAUUGAUAGCUACUACAAUCUAACCAUUAAACUCAUCAUGGCCGCCAAAUGGGCAUCCACAUUCUGUAACAAUAGUUAUUAUGUAAUGUCGAUAGAUGACGAUGUCAUCGUCGACAUCGUUAACCUUGUCAACGAUCUCGAAGCAAAUACGUUUCGUUCGAAGUUUGUGUUGGCCGAGCCUGCAAUUGACUGGGAAGUGCAUCGGGAUCCUGGAGACAAGUGGUACACUCCAUAUCAAUUCUAUCCGGAGGAGUCAUGGCCUCCUUUUCCUCGAGGAUACGCGUAUAUCGUCUCCAGAGAUGUCGCCCAUGAUCUCUAUCGUGCCUCUCAGAAGAUGGCUGCACCGAUACCCUGGGACGAUGUAUAUUGUGGUAUGCUCUUACAGACAUUAGGGGUGGAGAUGAGAAAUAUAAUACCUUGGUUUCAGACUAGACAUGGACAUGAGAAACCAAUAGCUCCGUUGAAAACUCAACACCACUAUGUGAUUUGGGAUUCUGUACAGAAGCCCCCAAGGAAUACCUGGAGAGCAAUUGAACAUAGAUACAAGAACAUUCACAACUUGUAGCGAAGUUUGCCCGUCCAGGAAGAUCUUACAUAGGAGAAGCCGUACGAUGGAUCGACAAUGUGUUAUUUCAUUGAUUUCCUUUCGUAUUCAUUUUUUCAGAGUUUUGAAACAAUUGGAGACGUCGUUUUGCAAAUAGGUCAAAGUUUGAUAUACACAAGUAAAUAGAUGUUAGUUAUGAACGGAAGUCAUUCACAGGAUACUUUUAAAUCCAACGUGGGGUUCAACAAUGUGAUCCUCUGUCACUAUAUUCAUUUUUAUUAGAAAUUGAGAUUUUGGCGAACGUAAUCAGGAAGAAAAAUGUUAUUCAUGCAAAUGAUGUAACAAUCUUAAACCAGAUGUGAAAUUACGAACAGUUCAAAGUUAAUUUUUUUUUUAGAUCGCCAACGAGCGAAGGGCGAAAGUCAGAAAGAGGGGUUUGCCUGCCACUACCACACAAACUAAGUACACCUUGUUCAUUCUAAAGAUUUUAUCAUAAUACUCAAUGUUUCAUAUGUGUUUUUCUUAAAUUUGUUGCGAACACCCCUAAAUCGGAGGGGGCGUCCAAAACAGAGGCCCUUUUGACGAAAAAAAGUAUUUUGUGAAUAAAAUUUUGAGGGAACCUUGAGCCACCAUGAAUGUGGUGUCAUAUGAAAGCAAAUUAAAUUAUCUAUAUUUUGAUAACAAUAUCAACGGAAUUGUGAUUAAUUAACAUCGAAACUUUAAGUGAAAAACAUGAUUUUUGUGAUUUUUUUUCUCGAAUAUUAAAUUAUA